AUGUCGUCGGCAACAUCUUCCAACACGCCCAUCGAGGACGCGAUCCGGUCCAAGAUCACGGCAGCUCUUGACCCGUCCACCUUCGAGGUGCACAAUGAUUCCCACCUGCACUCACAUCACAAGGCCAUGGUUGGCAACACGUCCAAGGAAACUCACUUUAGGCUUGUCAUCACCUCCAAGGCUUUUAACCAAAAGCUGCAAUCCGCUCGCCACCGCAUGAUCUACGCCCUUCUAAGAGAAGAGAUGGCUCGAGACGAUGGUAUCCAUGCCCUCCAACUACGCACUCUGACUCCCGACGAGGAGGAGAGGCAAAACAACAAGGCAGCCGAGCAAGAAAGCCAGAAGAAGGAAGCCCAGCGAACGGAGGCCGAAUAG